AUGAGAAGAGUGGUUGCUCGUCAUAACAACAGAGUAAUUAGUCAACAGAUCGCUCAUGUUGACACUGAUUUCAGCAAGUCCAAUCCUAUCAACUACAGCAAACACUCAAUGUACUUUGGAACCUGGAAUGUUUUAUCUUUAGUCAGCUCAUCUUCACAGCUUUAUCAACUCAGUCAGAACAUUGAUCACUACAGUCUUGAUAUUUUGGGUAUUACUGAAACUCAUAUGCCAGGAUCUGGAAGUACACUUUUGGACAAUGGUAGUCUACUUAUUCAUUCUGGUAGGGGAGAUGGUAUCAAAAGGCAAGGGGUUGGCCUAUGUCUUUCCAAAAAGGUCAGGAACUCCCUGAUCUCUUAUGUACCUACAUCAGAGCGGGUCUUAACAGCUAGGUUACACGGCAAACACCUCAACAUAUCUGUUGUUGUAGCCUACGCUCCGACUGACGGUGCUGAUGACGGAGAGAAAGAUCGUUUUUACAACGUUUUAUCAGACACGUUUGGUGAACUGCCCCGACAUGAUCUGAAACUGCUACUGGGUGACUUCAAUGGAAAAGUUACUUCAAACAGAUAUGGAUUCGAGGGAGUUAUUGGUGGAGAAUCUCUCCAUAGUUCAUCAAGCGACAAUGGGACCAGGCUCAUGGAUUUCUGUGCAGCCAAUCAACUUGUUAUUGGUGGAACUCUGUUCCAGCAUAGAGACAUCCACAAGGGUACAUGGCGGUCUCCUAACGGGUUAACUGUGAAUCAAAUAGAUCAUAUUUGUAUUAGUGGACGAUUCCAACACUCGCUACUCGAUGUUAAGGUAUGUCGUGGGGCUGACAUUGGUUCAGAUCACUAUCUUGUUCGUGGACGGCUGCAAAUCAAACUGCAGUCGGUAGCUAAGAUCACUGCUAAAAGGCAUGAUGUGCCUGCUAUCGAACAUUUGCGAAACUCGUCUAAGGUUCAAGAGUACAACGUGGCUCUUCAGAACCGUUUUGAUUGUCUGGCUAAUGAGGUCAACCUUGAGGACAUGUGGGAUAAUUUCAAGCAGACAGUCACUGAUGUCUCGAUGGAAGUGCUUGGAAAGCGUCCCCGGAAGGUUAAAGAACAACACCUUUCGCAAACCUCUAAGAACUUGAUAGAGCAACGGGGAAUGUUCAAACGGAGGGAUCCCACUUCAAACGUCAAUAGAUCAGCCUACUCUAAACUUAAUAAAUUAGUUAAGAAAAGUUGUAAAAUUGACAACAACAACUGGGCUACUAAAAUAGCGACUGAUCUAGAGGAGGCUUCUAAGAAAGGCCAGCAAAGGGAAGUUUGGGAUAAGAUAAAGAAGAUUUCUGGGAAAAAGAAGAAGAAAGUGGGUAUGUCAGUUAGGGAUAAGGAUGGUCAUUUUAUUACAGACCCGGACAGUCAGAAGGAAAGGUGGAAGGAGCACUUUACUGAGCUCUUAAAUCCUCCACUAUCGGAUGCCAAUCUUGAUGACCUCGAUGGUGUGCCCUCACAACCGAGUUUUGACUACCUUUCUUGUUCUGAUGGACCUCCUUCUAGAGAUGAGAUUAGUUAUGCUCUAAAGAAACUGAAGAACUGCAAAAGUGCAGGGGUUGAUGAGAUAACUAAUGAACAACUUAAGUAUGGCGGAAGUGCUCUUGUUGGCCAACUAGAGCUACUGUUUAAAAAGGUAUGGGAGGAAGAGGUGAUCCCUGAGGAUUGGCUUAAAGGUGUUAUAGUGGUUAUCGGAAAGAAGGGAGACACCUCAUACUGCUGCAAUAAUAGGGGUAUAACUCUUAGGGCAACGUCUUCUAAGGUUCUUCAAAUGGUUCUUCUUAAGAGGCUGGAUGUUGGAAUGGAGUGUCUUCUUAGGGAAAAUCAGUGUGGGUUCAGACGGAACCGCUCAUGUAUUGAUCAGAUUUAUUCCAUCCGCACCAUUAUUCACAACUGCAUUGAGUUUAACAUUCCACUUUAUGUUAAUUUCAUUGAUUUUAAGGCAGCGUUUGAUUCCAUCAGAAGAGAGUUUAUUUGGUCAAGCAUGAGACACUAUGGACUUCCUGAGAAAUAG